AUGAAGGGCGAUGAAUGCUCAAAGCAACAAGUGGAACUGGUGGAUCUUCACAAAGGACAAGCGCAGACCUUGUCCAAGGACUUGCACCGCUGGAAGUCAGAGCUAGAUCUGAAGCUUCAACGGAUGCACGAACUGGAUCGACAGAGGGAGAAAUAUGCAGGAGAUCUACAGCAGGCCAAGCAACGCUGUGAGGUGGCACAGGAGCAGUUGCGAGGUCGUGAGUCAGAAAUGGCGCGACUGAAGCGAAGUAUCGCCGACGUCCGCGCCAAAUGGGCUCAGCAGAAGAACCUCUACGAGGCAGUUCGAACGGAUAAGAACCUCUACUCCAAAAACCUGGUGGAGUCGCUGGAAGAGAUUAAUGAGAUGAGAAAAAAGUUCAAGGUGAUGUGCCACCAGAUCGAACAGUUGAAGGAGGAAAUCAAAGAAAAAGACGUUCGAAUGAUUGAGGAUCACUCGAAACACGUGCAGAUCAGCAAGGAGACGGAGAAGACCAAACACUCCGUGGAGAACCAAGAGAAGCAGCUGACCAAAGCACAACAGGUUGUUGAGCAACAACAAGCUGACAUCAAAAAGCUGGAGGCCACCAUCCAAGAAGCGGAGACGGAACGCCAGAACCAGCGCAAGGAGUUCGAGGCCGUGACCUCUGAACGGAACAUCUUGGGGAAGCAGCUGAUCCGACGCAAUGAGGAGCUUUCAUUGAUCUAUGAGAAGAUCAAGAUCCAGGAAAGCACCUUGUCAAAGGGCGAGGCGCAGUACAAGAAACUCUUGGAUGGUCUGCAUGGACAGCGGGGCGAUAUCGGCGAGCUGAAGCGCGACUUGUACAUUGCACGGCAGCAGGCGGAAUCCGCUGGAAGCCUUGAGAAAGAGGUCUACCACUUACAGCGGGAACUGCUGCAGGAGCGAACCAAGGUGCGCGCUCUGUCCGAAGAGUUGGAGAAUCCCAUGAACGUUCACCGCUGGAGGAAAUUGGAGGGUUCUGAUCCGGCCAUGUACGAAUUGAUUCAGAAGGUCCGGAGCUUGCAAAAGCGGCUCAUCGCUAAGACGGAGGAGGUCGUGGUGAAA